AUGUCUCGGAAAGGCGACAUGGAUGCGAAGCUAGCUACCGCUACCGUACCGGUAUCUUUAGCUGAUCGUACGAUGGAAAUUUUAGAUGACUUUCAAAGAUAUGGCAUGAUCGGGUCAAACCCCAUAUUCCAAGGGCAGCAUGCGGAUGCGUCCUGGUGCCCGGAUCUUGGUUCCUGGGUCAUGCCUGAUGAUGGCACUGGGUGCUCUCAGAUUGCAGAUGCAGUUAUCAUACAUUGGAAGGUAUUUAAUGAAGCUUGGAAACAGUCCCGGAAUGUGACGAAGAAAGCCAGUCGUGAUCCUGUACCUAGUUUCGCACUAGAACAACCACCAUUUGCUACUGUUAAUCCACAACAACUCAUACUCUGUAGCUCCCUGUCUAUAGCCGAACAACGGCAUCAUUCUGAUAAUGCCCGACAGAGCUUGAAUAGUGAUAUGCUGCGGCCCAACAAGGCUGUCAAUUCACCCCGAGGAAGCAACAAGACCAGCCCUAGUAUCAAACCCGCAGCUGCCCCGGCAAGCAACCCUAAAAGCCCCGAACGCACAGUUCGAAAAGCCGUCGGUCCUCGGAAUCAACCGAUCACUACCAAGCCCGAUCUUGUGCAAAAGAAUAUAAUGCUGGUCCCUAUGUCAAGUUGGCAAAAUGGAUCUGCUGCGCGGGGACAGGCAUCAGGCCUCGAUAGCAUGGCGCGAGGGCAAGUCGCCCGCAGAGUCGCUACACCGGCUAAACAUCAUGCCGGGCAGAAUAUAGGACCCAGCACAGUCCAUAAAUUACGGGGUAGCACCAGCGCAAGUAUAUCCGCCGAAGUAGUCGCCAGGCACGUUUUCCCAGCUGGCGGAGAGCAGAACUCCCAACGCCCUCCGCAGCCCAUCGGGCCCGAAUGCGUGUUCAAGCCAGGAGACCAUGAAAGAGGCUUUGUUACAGCAGUCCGGACAUCUAGCAAUGAAAUAAGGCGCCUCCGGUAG